AUGACAAUAUUUUAUUGUGGCAAAGUGAAUGUGUAUGAUGAUGUGCCAGCCGAUAAGGUACAUGCAAUUAUGCAUAUUGCUGCAUGCCCACUCCAAUGUCCUCAGGAACUUCAAUUUGAUAGCACUGUAACAGUGCAACCUUCGCCAUGCCACUCACAGGCUGUCAGUGGCAAUGGAUGCCCAGAUUCUGUGAUAGUUCUCUCACCGACUUUGCAGACAGCAAAAAUGAGUGACAACUCUCGACUGCACGGGGAAGAAAGUACCACGCUUCUUGAAGAUUACCCUGGUAACGUUUUGGUUUAUAUGUCUACAUUUUGCAUGAUUCGCCCCACUGAUUUUGAUUCUAAUUUCCAAAAAGAUUGUAGAGGAUCUGUUUCUCGAAAUAGAACUACGCCCAAAAUGGUUUUGAUUCAUAUGGCUGCAUCUUGCACUUAA